ACGAUAUCUCUAUAUUUCGUUUUGUUUUAAAAUUUUAUUCUAAUUACAAAAAUUUACAAAUUUCCCACAAAAAGAUGCAAAUAAAUCGCAAUAGACUUUUAUUGGUAUCGGGUGGGGUUUUUGUUUUUGCCAUUAUGAAUGGUUGGUUAAUAUUUCCGAAAAUUUUAAAAUUCGUUUUAAAAAAACAAGUUAAUCUGAAACCCGGUUCGGAUAUACGUGAAUUAUGGGAAAAUACGCCAUUUCCAUUGCAUUUUUAUUUUUAUGUUUUCAAUAUCACCAAUCCGGAUGAGUUUUUAAAUGGAGCUAAACCGAAUUUACAAGAAAUCGGUCCAUUUGUAUUUGAUGAAUGGAAAUCAAAAUUUGAUUUAGAAGAUGAUGAUGAAGAGGAUACUGUAACAUAUCAUAUGCGUAAUACUUUUAUAUUUAAUGCUAAAGCUUCGGCUCCUUUAACGGGAGAAGAGGUGAUAACUAUGGUUCAUCCAUUAAUAGCGCCCAUUGCUGUCGUGGUAUUACGUGAAAAGGCCGCCAUGAUGGAAUUAAUUGUCAAAGCUAUUGAGAUAGUAUUUCGUGGUCAUAAAGGUGUGCUUACAGCCCCUUUUAUGGAUAUAUUCUUUCGUGGUUUUUAUGUUGACUGUUCAUCGGAGGAAUUUGCUUCGAAAGCUUUAUGUACGGCCUUCUAUACGGGUGAUGUUAAGCAGGCUCAGCAGGUUAAUGAUACACAUUUUCUAUUCUCAUUUAUGCAGGCGGCCAAUAAUUCAGAUGCUGGCAAAUUUACCGCCUGUCGGGGGGUUAAAAAUGUUCACAAAAUGGGUAAAAUUAUAUUAUUUCAAGAUGAGCCCGAGCUGGAUGUUUGGGCUGGUGAUGCCUGCAAUCAAUUGAUCGGCACCGAUUCUACAGUCUUUCCUCCUUUUCUACACAAAGAUGAGGGCUUAUGGGCUUUUACACCUGAUCUAUGCAGAUCUCUAGGAGCUCAUUAUGUGCGUAAAAGUUCAUAUUCUGGUUUGCCAGCAAGUUUUUUCUCUUUGGAUUUUGGAGAUUUAAAGAACACUCCUGAAUUACAUUGUUUUUGUGAUGAUCCCGAUGAUCCGGAGAGCUGUCCGCCCAAGGGUACCAUGAGUUUACAGGCUUGUAAUGGUGCUCCCAUAUUAGCCUCUUUGCCUCAUUUUUACAAUGCAGAUCCAAAAUUACAGGAAGGUGUUAAUGGUUUAAAUCCCAAUGAACAUGAUCAUGCUAUUUAUAUAGAUUUUGAAUUGAUGUCUGGUACACCUUUAAGAGCUGCCAAACGUUUGCAGUUUAGUUUAGAUCUGGAGCCAGUAGAGGCUAUAGAACAGGUUAGCAAAGUACCAAGGGUAGUUUUACCCAUGUUUUGGGUAGAAGAGGGUGCGGCCUUAAACAAAACCUAUGUCAAUAUGCUGAAAUAUACUUUAUUUUUGGGUCUACGCUUUAAUGUUGGCUUACGCUGGACUUUAAUAACUUUAUCAUUGCUGGGCCUAAUGGGUGGUGGUUAUCUGUAUAUGAAAAAAACUGAUAGUUUGGAUAUAACCAUACCGAAUAAGGAUAAUAAAGUGUCUAAUGUUAAACCGGUUUCAGCCACAACAGCGCCGGUAGAAAUGAAACCGCCGCCACAUUCACUGGCAAACGCCGAUUUGACAAAUCAAAAAGUUGAAAAAUUUUAAAGUUUAAAACUUGUUGUUGAGACACAAACUUAAAAAGCAUAAAUAAAGUUCAACACUAUUUAUAUAAGAUACAAACUUUUGCAACACUAAUGUAAACACUAAAAAUUGACAUUUCAAACAAAGCACAUUGGCAACACUAAAGCAAACCAUAUUCAAGUGCUGCCACAUUGUUUAAUAGUCUUAAAAGCAAUUCUAUUUGUUGUAUCUUAUAAAACAAAUCAAUAAAACCUAAAAUUUUCAUAAAAAUA